GUAAAACCCUGAUUCGUUGUAGUCUUCACUCCCGCAGUCAUCAUCCUCUUCUCGCUACUCCUAAAUCAAUCAAUAGCGACGGCGUUCAUUUCAUCUCUUACACUCAUUUUUACAGUGAAGCUACUUUGUCGCUUUGAUUUCUGCUACUAACCCUUUCUUACCUCAAAGUAGUGAUAGUUAUUUUUUUAAUUCCCCCGAAGGAAUCGCUUCCUAGCUUUCUCUUUAAGCCAAACGUGCUUUUGGUUUGUGUUUUAUAUAGCUGAAAAAUAAUCCAAGCUUUAACCUAAGACAAAACAUUGUCACGAACUUUGAAGUUGAGCAUGCUUCACAGUGUGCACACUGUGUCUUCAGGGCACACAUCCACUUCAUUAUUUCCCUUCAAACCUUUUCAUCCUUCUUCUUCAAUCGCCUUCUACAUGGACCAAUCAUCUCUUCUAUCUUUCAACCUAAAGCAGUGUCGCCGCUCCAACCUCAUUUGUCAAGCAUCACACGUACAAGAUGCAAAUGCGGUUUCUCCAAGAAAUGAAGAAUCAUAUGUUCAUGGACCAUCUGAAAUGGUUGUUGGGGUUUUAGGUGGAGGUCAACUUGGUCGCAUGCUUUGUCAAGCUGCUUCUGAGAUGGCAAUUAAGGUUAUGGUUUUAGAUCCUCAGGAGAAUUGUCCGGCUAGUUCCUUGUCUUAUGGUCACAUGGUUGGAAGCUUUGAUGACAGCACUACAGUAGAGGAGUUUGCUAAGAGGUGUGGAGUUCUAACAAUUGAAAUUGAACAUGUUGAUGUUGCUACAUUGGAAAAACUUGAGAAACAAGGAGUUGACUGCCAACCUAAAGCUUCCACUAUACGAAUUAUUCAGGAUAAGUAUCAACAAAAGGUUCACUUCUCUCAGCAUGACAUUCCACUUCCAGAAUUUAUGCAGAUAGAUGAUCUUGAAGGUGCUAAGAAAGUAGGGGAACUUUUUGGCUAUCCUCUUAUGAUCAAGAGUAGGAGAUUAGCUUAUGACGGACGAGGAAAUGCAGUUGCAAAAAGUGUAGAGGAACUACCUUCUGCUGUGGAUGCUCUUGGAGGAUUUGAUCGUGGUUUAUAUGCCGAAAAAUGGGCACCUUUUGUCAAGGAACUAGCUGUCAUUGUGGCGAGAGGAAGGGACAAUACUAUUUCAUGCUAUCCUGUCGUUGAAACUAUUCACAGAGACAACAUAUGUCACAUAGUCAAGGCUCCAGCAAAUGUAAAAUGGAAGAUUAGGGAGCGUGCCGCUGAAGUUGCUUUCAAUGCUGUUAACUCUUUAGAAGGUGCUGGUGUGUUUGCUGUUGAGUUGUUCUUAACCGAGGACGGACAGAUUUUAUUAAAUGAAGUCGCACCUAGACCUCACAAUAGUGGGCAUCACACAAUUGAGUCUUGCUACACCUCACAGUAUGAGCAACAUUUGCGGGCUGUUGUUGGUCUUCCUCUCGGUGACCCAUCAAUGAAAACUCCAGCUGCUAUCAUGUACAAUAUAUUAGGCGAAGAAGAGGGGGAGCUUGGUUUUCGAUUGGCUCAUCAAUUGAUGAAGAGGGCAUUGACCAUCCCUGGUGCUUCUGUUCAUUGGUACAAUAAGCCAGAGAUGAGAAAACAACGGAAGAUGGGCCACAUAACAAUUGUUGGGCCUUCCUUAAGCAAUCUUGAAGGCAAUCUUGCAACAAUAAUAGAAGGGAAAAUAUUAGAUGACACAACUGCAGUUGCUCCACGUGUGGGGAUCAUAAUGGGCUCUGAUUCAGAUCUGCCUGUUAUGAAAAGUGCUGCUGAAAUCUUGGAGAUGUUUGGCGUUCCUCAUGAGAUAAGAAUAGUUUCAGCACACCGAACUCCGGAACUGAUGUACUCUUAUGCCUCGUCUGCUCACAAACGAGGCGUUCAAGUUAUUAUUGCUGGUGCUGGUGGUGCAGCUCACUUGCCUGGUAUGGUGGCUGCUAUUACUCCCUUGCCUGUUAUUGGUGUUCCUGUGCGUGGUUCUUCCCUGGAUGGAAUUGAUUCACUGUUGUCGAUUGUCCAGAUGCCAAGAGGUGUCCCUGUUGCCACUGUUGCAGUUAAUAAUGCAACUAAUGCUGGGCUGUUAGCCGUAAGGAUGUUGGGUGUUGCCGAUGAUAAUCUUCUGUCAAGGAUGAGCCAAUAUCAAGAGGACCAAAAAGAAAGCGUCUUGAGGAAAGGAGAUAAGUUAGAAAAACUUGGUUGGGAAUCCUACUUAAAUAGUACUAGUUAGUUGAACCCCCUUAAUUUGGUGAUUCUUUGGAUCUACUCUCAUUUUUGGACAACUACAAAAUUUUGAUGUGUUUAGACCCCGGGGUAUCGAUAAGUAGACCGAGACUCGUCAAGAAAGUGUCAUGUAAGCAUAUGUUAAUGUAUUGUUUACUAAAUUAAUAUACUUUCUAGUGCUAACAUGUAGUAGCAGAGAAGAAAAAUAAUGUCAUGUUUGAUAUCGACUUUUAUGGAAAUGAAUUACAGUCGUGGGAUUGAUUUUACCAUCUGGAAAGUAAAUGAGUCUAGAAUCUUUUGUA